AAAAGAAGGAGGCGGGAGGCGGUGACGUGUCUUCUCCUGAUUGGCGGGGGGCUCUGCUCUCUCGCCUCUGGCUCCUACUGGAAGGCAGGCUGGCAAAGAGGUUGUAAUGUCUCACAGCAUCUGUUUUUGGUCCAUUGUGAUGAAGCUCAACUUGAUGGUCUUGCUGCUUUUUAUAACAAGUUUCUCUUCAUGCUUAAAUGAUAGAGUUACAGAGUUUGCUUUGACAAAAACAGAAGAUAGUGAUUUAAAGGAAGAGAACAAAAAAGAGUUGGUAGAGGAAGAGGAGGAGGAAAUAGAUCCUGAAGACUUGGAUGUAUUUUACCCAACAAAUCAGUGGCAACGAGUGCGGCCAGGUCAAGCUGUUCCUGCAGGAUUGCAUGUACAAUUAAAUCUACAGACAGGGGAGAAAUUAGCCAAGCUUCCAGAGGACAGCCAUGGGAAAAGUGACUUGAAAGAUCCUUCAAAAAGUAAAAGGCUGGGCCCCAUAGAUGUUGAUCCAGGUUCAUUUACAACCCAAGAAUUGAAAAAGGCACUGGCGAAAAUGAAAAAAAGCACAAAGACAGAAGAUCCCUCAAAAGAAAAGGCUCAUCAAGACGAUGUCAGGCGAAGGUUUCGUGCCAUUGAGACGCUCAAGGAAGAGUUCAGGGAGCUCAGGCUGCAGCUAGAAACAGACGCUGAAAUUAUGUUUAAAUUAAUCAACAAAUUCAACAGUUCUACUUCAACCCUGGAGGAGAAAAUAAGAGCACUUUACGAUCUUGAAUAUUACGUUCAUCAGGUGGACAACGCGAAAGAUUUACUCUUUUUGGGUGGCUUACAACUUCUGAUAAAUGGACUAAACAGUACCGAACCCUUGAUGAAGGAAUAUGUAUCCUUUGUACUUGGAGCAGCCAUGUCAAGUAACCCCAGAGUACAAGUUGCAGCAAUUGAGGGAGGUGCUUUGCAAAAAUUGCUGGUUAUUUUGGCUACAGAUCAGUCUCUGGCUGUGAAGAAAAAGGCUCUCUUUGCUUUGUCGUCAAUGCUACGCCACUUUCCCUAUGCUCAGCAGCAGUUUCUCAAGUUGGGAGGGCUACAAGUACUCAGAGAUCUUUGCACAGAAAAAGGAACGGAGACUUUACAUAUUCGCAUUGUGACACUUCUGUAUGACUUAAUAGUGGAAAAGAUGUUGCAUAACGAAUCCCACGAUGACAACGACCAGGUCCGCGAGAGGAUCCAGCAGUACAGCCACGUGACCUUGGUGCCGGCCAUUGUGGAGCAGGGCUGGUGUGCCAUUAUUCCCAACCUGCUGAGGAUGCCUGGGCAUGACAGCAGGGAGAAGGUGCUCAAGAUGGUGCAUGUGCUGCUGGACUACUGCCGGGAGAGUUACACCCAGGACCACAGCCUCAACCACACGCUGGGCCUCCUCCGCCAAGAGUACGAAGAGCUGGCAGCAGAAGAGCAAAAGGAAGGGGACGAAGAUGGCUAUUUUAAGGAACUCCUUAGCUCUAUAAAUAGCAUUGCCCAGGAACUGAAAUGAAAAAAAAAACUUUGGUGGUGUUGGAGAAAUGCUGGGAUUCACUAGUCCAUCUGGAAAGAGCUUUGCCCAAUAAAAAAACACUGAACCAA